UUUCACAGCAAAACCCCACCUCUUGAAGCUCUCUUCCUCUCCUGUCUCUACUACAUAACCCUCCCACAGCUACCCAUUUUCCCUGUUUCCUUCCUCCAUCCAUGCCUGCCCAAAUCAACACAAUCAGACUUGAGAAAAAAAAAAAAAGAGAGGGACAACAAACACGAAUAUAUAAAUCUAAGCAACAAGUGACUACCAUUUCUUCCUUUGUUUAAGGUUCUUUGCCACUCACUCCUUGAUGGAAAUAGAGAAACAAAAUUUUAGGUUUCUGAUUUGUAGAUAUGUAGACUGGAGCUAUAUUUCAAAUAAGAAAAGGGAGAAAUGGAAGGAUAUUUCUCUUUUUACCCACAUUUUCUUGCUUUUUCAGCUGUUUGUCUGCUUCUUCAUUCAACCUGUUUCAAGUGAGGCUUGGGAUGGUGUCAUUGUCACAGCAGCGGAUUUUCAAGCGCUUCAAGCGUUUAAGCAAGAAUUAAUUGACCCAAAAGGGUUCUUAAAAAGCUGGAAUGAUAGCGGAUAUGGGGCUUGUUCUGGUGGUUGGGUUGGAAUCAAGUGUGCUCAAGGGCAAGUCAUAGUUAUCCAACUCCCAUGGAGAGGGUUAGGUGGCAGAAUCACUGAGAAAAUUGGCCAACUUCAAGCUCUUCGAAAGCUUAGCCUCCAUGAUAAUCUCAUUGGCGGCUCCAUCCCUCGUGCAUUAGGCAUUCUCCCUGAUCUUAGGGGUGUUCAGCUAUUCAAUAAUAGGCUUUCAGGUUCAAUUCCUGCUUCAUUAGGUUCGAGUCCUUUGCUUCAAACUCUUGACCUUAGUAAUAAUUCACUCAUUGGGACAAUCCCUGAUAGUCUUGCAAACUCUACAAAGCUUUACAGGCUCAAUCUUAGCUUCAAUUCUUUUUCGGGAUCAAUCCCGGUUAGUAUCACUCACUCUACUUCUCUUAUUUUUCUUGCCCUUCAACACAACAACCUUUCUGGUUCCAUCCCAGAUUCUUGGGGGGCACCACAAAAGAAUAGCUUUUAUCAACUUCAGUACUUAAACCUUGACCAUAAUCUCCUCUCCGGAAGCAUACCUGCCUCUUUAGGAAAGUUAAGUGAGCUCCAAGAAGUUUCUCUUAGUCAUAAUCUGAUUACAGGACCCAUACCAAAUGAUAUGGGAAGGCUUUCUAGGCUUAGAAAUCUAGAUCUUUCUAAUAAUGCAAUUAAUGGAAGCUUGCUUGCUAGUCUCUCCAAUCUCUCCUCUCUUGUUCUGUUAAACCUGGAAAACAAUGGUCUUGAAAACCAAAUCCCAGAAUCCAUUGACAGUUUACAUAACCUUUCUGUUCUUGUUUUGAAGAGAAACAAAUUUAGUGGUCCAAUACCAGCAACUGUAGGAAACAUUUCCAGUUUGACUCAACUUGACUUGUCAGAGAAUAGGCUCAGUGGACAAAUCCCAUUUUCUCUUGCUGAUCUCAAAGGUCUUAGUUCUUUAAAUGUUUCAUAUAAUAACCUCUCUGGUCCUGUUCCAGCUUCACUCUCCCAAAAGUUCAACUCAAGCUCUUUUGUGGGAAAUAUUCAGUUAUGUGGGUAUACUGGAUCAACUCCAUGUCCUUCUACAGCACCUUCUCAAAAUGUCCCUUCUUCACCAUCUGAGAAAAAACACAAACAUAGAAAAUUGAGUAUCAAAGAUAUAAUCCUAAUUGCUGCUGGAGCCCUUCUUAUAGUUCUGCUUGUUCUUUGUUGCAUUUUGCUGUAUUGCGUGAUCAGAAGAAGGGCAACAUCUAAAGCAAAAGAUGGACAAACAACCAGAGCUGCUGCUGCUGCUGCAGCAAGAGGUGAAAAGGGAACUCCACCUGCUGGUGGUGAAGUUGAAGCAGGAGGAGAGGCUGGUGGGAAACUAGUCCAUUUUGACGGGCCUACGAUUUUUACUGCUGAUGAUCUUCUGUGUGCAACUGCGGAAAUUAUGGGGAAGAGCACCUAUGGGACUGUUUAUAAGGCCACGUUAGAGGAUGGGAACCAGGUUGCAGUAAAGAGACUUAGAGAAAAGAUUACCAAAGGUCAGAGAGAAUUCGAAAAUGAGGUCAAUGUGCUGGGCAAAAUCCGACACCCAAAUCUUCUGGCUUUGAGGGCUUAUUACUUGGGACCUAAAGGAGAGAAGCUUCUUGUUUUCGAUUACAUGCCUAAAGGGAGUCUUGCAACUUUCCUUCAUGCUCGAGGGCCAGACACAGCCAUUGAUUGGCCAACAAGGAUGAGAAUAGCAAAGGGGGUUGCUCGAGGUCUGCUGUACCUUCAUACUCAACAGAACAUUAUACACGGGAACCUUACAUCAAGCAAUGUAUUACUUGAUGAGGAUACAAAUGCUAAAAUAGCAGAUUUUAGCCUUUCUCGUCUAAUGACAGCUGCUGCAAAUGCGAACGUAAUUGCAACCGCUGGAGCAUUAGGCUACAGAGCACCGGAGCUUUCAAAGCUUAAGAAAGCUAACACAAAAACUGAUGUGUACAGCCUUGGAGUAAUCAUAUUAGAACUCCUAACAGGGAAAUCUCCAGGAGAGGUGAUGAAUGGCGUGGAUUUGCCACAAUGGGUCGCCUCUAUAGUGAAAGAAGAGUGGACGAAUGAAAUUUUUGAUCUGGAGUUGAUGAGGGAUGCGUCUUCCAUUGGUGAUGAGUUACUUAACACUUUGAAACUCGCUUUACAUUGUGUCGAUCCGUCACCGUCAGCAAGACCAGAAGUUCAACAGGUUCUCCAGCAGCUAGAAGAGAUUAGACUAGACACACCUGCUAGUUCUGCACCAUCUGGCGAUGAUGGAGCAGGAGUUCCUUCAACAAGCGAGUGAGAAAAGGGUUAUAGGAUGUGGAUUAUGUGUUAGGCAAUAGAGUAUAAUUCUUUUAUUCUUACAUGGUAUCUUUAGACAUUAAUUUUGUGUGCCAAUUUAUGAGUCUGUAAAUAUGAGUAUGUUUUAAUUACUCGAGGAUGUUGUCUUCAGUGUUUUAAUAGUUGGUUUCCUUCCAUCCCCUGGAAAGACUAGGCAAUUUUGAAAUUGUCUGCAAUUGAUUCACUAGAGAAAAGAUUGUUUUUCAGUUAAGAUUUUUGGCCAGUUAGAAAAUAUGUUUGAAUUUGAGUUACUUUUUGAUGGCUUCUUAGAGAAUCUAGUUUUAACUUAAUGUAAGCAUCUGCCAUAAAUUAAUCAUUACUUCUUCCUCCAA